AUGAGAAGCAAUUGUUCAGUAGAGCAUGAGGAGAUUUAUGAAUUAGAUCUCCAAUACAAAGACAAGAUACCUGCAGGGUUUGGAAUGAUCCAUGAUUCUGUGGACAACCUUGAGGAUCUUGAUUACAGUAUUAACUGGAUACAUUAUACUGAUGAAACCAAGAGUACUGUGCAAGCAAUAUGUUAUGCAAUGGAUUCUUGUAGAGUUCAUAAGACACUUGAAGAUUCAGCCAUACCUGAACAAUACAAACAAUUUGCUAAAGUGUUGAGCAAAGAAUCUUCUGAGCGUAUGCCAACAAGGAAGCCUUACAAUCAUCAAAUUGAUAUCAAAGAUAGCAAAGAGCUCCCUAAACCAUUGAAGGUGUACUGUCUUACACCUGCUGAAGACAACAGUCUUCAGGAAUGGAUUGCCAAACAGUUAGAGAACGGCUAUAUUAGGAAAUCCAAAAGUCCUACUACAGUGGUAGUAUUCUUUGUUACAAAGAAAGAUGGAUCACUACGAUUAGUGCAAGACUAUUGA